GGAAUAAUUCCGUUUCCGCUGGAGCAGAGCUCAGCCUCCCCUCCCUGCAGUCACCCAGCAAUCAUGGCCACGUCCCCCCAAAAGUCUCCCUCCACCCCAAAAUCCCCGACCCCCAAGUCACCCCCGUCCAGGAAGAAGGACGACUCCUUCCUGGGGAAACUCGGAGGAACUCUGGCCAGAAGGAAAAAAGCCAAAGAAGUAUCAGAUCUCCAAGAAGAAGGCAUCAAUGCCAUCAACCUGCCCCUUAAUCCGAUUCCUUAUGAAUUGGACCCUGAGGACACCAUGCUGGAGGAGAAUGAGGUGAGAACCAUGAUUGACCCCUACUCCAGAAGUGACCCCCGACUACAGGAACUCAUGAAGGUUCUAAUUGACUGGAUUAAUGAUGUGCUGGUGGGAGAGCGAAUUAUCGUCAAGGACCUUGCGGAGGAUCUCUAUGACGGGCAGGUUCUGCAGAAACUUUUUGAGAAGCUGGAAGGAGAAAAGCUGAACGUGGCUGAAGUCACACAGUCCGAAAUCGCCCAGAAGCAGAAACUGCAAACAGUCUUGGAGAAGAUCAAUGAGACCCUGAAACUCGCUCCAAGAAGCAUUAAAUGGAAUGUAGACUCUGUUCAUGCCAAAUCCGUAGUCGCCAUUCUCCAUCUUUUGGUUGCCUUGUCUCAGUAUUUCCGGGCCCCUAUCAGGCUUCCUGAUCAUGUGUCCAUACAAGUGGUAGUUGUACAGAAGCUGGAUGGAAUGCUGCAGUCUCGCCAGAUCCAAGAGGAAAUCACCGGUGACACAGAGGCCUUAUCAGGAAGACAUGAGAGAGAUGCUUUUGAUACACUUUUUGACCACGCGCCAGAUAAACUUAAUGUUGUAAAAAAGACUUUGAUAACUUUUGUGAAUAAACACCUCAAUAAACUAAACCUGGAAGUGACGGAGCUGGAGACACAGUUUGCAGAUGGCGUCUAUCUGGUACUGCUGAUGGGCCUUUUGGAAGGAUAUUUUGUGCCCCUCUACAAUUUCUUCCUCACUCCAGACUGCUUUGACCAAAAGGUCCUAAAUGUGUCUUUUUCCUUUGAGCUCAUGCAAGAUGGCGGCCUAGAGAAGCCAAAACCAAGGCCAGAAGACAUAGUGAACUGCGACCUGAAGUCCACCCUCAGAGUCCUCUACAACCUGUUCACCAAAUAUCGCAGUGUGGAAUAAGCGCCGCAACGAGGAGGAAAAUCCGGAAAUAAGCCCAAAAAGCUUCACUAACAUUCACUAGCUCAAUUUCAUGCUGAGAAAAAGGGAACAUUUUAUAUAUUUUUAUUAUAUUUGGGACUGUCUAGUACUGGGUUCAUCUAAAAUCCCAGCUGGGACCACAGUCCUGGUAAUGGGGAAGUGAUAAUAACCCCCUUUAUAGUCAUUAGCCCUCAUGGACAGGACAGGUACAUUAACCACGGAGUGACCUUCCACGUGUGUUAAGUAGAUGGCGCUUUCCACCUCUAUUUUUAUACUGCCACUUUGUUUCUGGACUCCGCCCACCAUUUAAAGGGCAGUUCCAUCCUAAUUCCUUUUUUUCUCCAAUGUCUUAAAAAUUCUGCUCAGCUGUUUCCUAGUUUUACUUGUGCCUAAGAAAAUUGGCUGACAACCAAUAUACAGUAUAUGCUAGUAUGGGAGUUGUCAGCCAGCAUUUCCAGGCACCUGGUAAAUAUUUGCCUAGUCUCUCUUAUGGCUUCAUAACUAAUCCGUUUUGUAGUUUAGGAG